AUGGCCCCACUUCCGAAGCGAAGUCUUUACAUCCUCGCGGGCCUGUGGGCGCUUGCACAAGCUCAAACAGCCCCCGAGUUGACCCCAACCUCGAUGGUCACGCCACAAGUCAUCACCGACACUACACUUGAACCAACCUUAGAGCCCACAACUACUCCAACCCCUGAACAAACCCCUGCUCUCACACCACCAACGACUCCAGAUCCAAUUUCUGAAACAACACCAGUGCCCACAUCUGUACCCGCACCCGCAACUCCCGAACCAACACCAGCUCCCACGCCUGCUCCAACCCCAGCGCCAACAUCAGCACCAACUCCAGCUCCCACGCCUGUUCCAACAUCUGCACCAGCCCCUGCCCCCACGACUGCCCCCACUCCCGAACCAACCCUUUCUCCCCGAGUCAGGAAAUCUUGGCUGAAACUCACAUCGGACGAAAAGGCAUUGUAUCUGGAGGCCGUUCAGCUCUCCAUGGCGCUGGGGUACCAUUACUACUUUUCCCAACUCGUUGAAGAGCCUCAGACGUACUUUGAGUACUACUUGACGAGUGGAUGGGCGUACUGGAACCGCAAAGUCCUCCUGGCGUACGAAACCAUGCUCCGUGGGCUGGCCCCACGGUUCGCGUCCGUCACGUUGCCAUACUGGGACGCUUUUGCCGACUUUGCCCAAGUUCAAACGACCAACUGCACGCUGUUGGACUGCUCGAUCAUCUUGACCGACUUUGGGGGGUACACGGGCACGAUUUCCAACUUGACCAUCGAUCGCAAUGACACGCGGGGCAUCAAAGUCUCGACCCCGCCACUCAAUGCGUUUUGCGAGUCCGACAACAACGCGACGUGCGCUGGGUACCUCAUUCGGUCGUCCUGGCGUCGGUCGUUUCCGUCCGGGUUCGGGUAUUUCUCGCUCGCGUCCGCGCUCAACUCAGCAUCGAGCUUUCAACAGUUUACGUCAGUCAUCAAGUCGGGCAUGCACAACAACAUGCAUCUCGCGCUUGGGGCCAUGAUGGCCAACAACCGCACGACCGCCGACAUCUUGUUUAUGCCCCUGCAUGCCACGUUUGACAUGGUGCUUCAAGUGUACAUCAACUGCUACGUCGGGGAAUUCCCCACUGACGCCGCCAAGCGCAACACGUCGUCCGCGUGGCCAUUUGUCCCGUCGACGAUUUCGAAUCCUCCGUAUGCCGCCCCGACCCUCAACUCGACCAUCACGAUUCGCCUCCCGCUCUCGUCGACCCAGCUCGGUAUAUUUGUCGACGCAACAGGGCAUCCUGUGCUCGGGUCGCUGUUCCAGUCCCUUCCCGCCGCGUACUGGCAGUAUGUGAGUGCUUCAAACAUCGGGGGCGUCCACAGCUACACGUAUGACUUCAACUCGCUCAUGUCCAACUUGACGGCCAGCAUGUACAAGUGCGUGGUCGUGAGAGAGCCGACCAUCACGGCACCACCGCCGGCGAGACGCGUACUGCGCGAGUCUAUCGGCUUUUUGUCGCCCGCGUACGGCAUCCGCCAGCGGUCCGAGUUUCGCGUGAUGACGAUCACGGACCGGAUGCAACGGGAGAUUUGCCAGAACCUGUUCAACCGAGAUUUGUGUACCCGACUGCUGCACUACAUUGAGUGCGCAUGGACCGUGGCGACAAUGGGCGACGAUCCGAUCCAGCGCGGAACAUUCUCGGGGGGAGUUGGAGCGGACGCCAACCAAAAGUUAGUCUCGCCUUGCACCGACGCGCUCCAGUCGAGAGAAGCUAUGUUUUACAACUCAAGCAUCGCACGCGGCGUUGACGUUCUGACGAGAUUGCUCACCGCAUGA